ACGGCCAGCCCGUGGCAUUUCCUGCUUUGCUCUCAGCUCCUAACUUUCGUUUUCUCUGCCUGGGUCACGCUGUUUCCUGGCAUAGGAGGAGAAAGGCACAGCAUAAAAAUCCAGGCUAGACCCAGGCUGCAGCAGAGCUGUGUCAGCCCCCAGCAGCUCAAACCAGAACAUCGCUGACCUGCAUCUGCACAGCGCAAAGGCCUUUCCUGCUCCUCGCAGCACCCCGCCAGCGAGCAGGUCCCGUGUGCCGUCAGCAAUGGCCUCUGCAAUCCAGAUGCCGGCACCUGUCUGCCUCAUUGAGAACAGCCCAAGGAAGGGGCUGGUGGUCCAGCAGGAGGCCCUGCAGGUGCUGUCAGAGAUCUCCCAGCCGGUGGUGGUGGUGGGCAUCGCUGGGCUGUACCGCACCGGCAAGUCCUACCUCAUGAACAGGCUGGCUGGGCAGAGGAAAGGUUUCUCCAUGGGCUCUAGUGUGCAGGCCCACACCAAAGGGAUCUGGAUGUGGUGUGUCCCUCACCCCUGCCGGCCUGGACACACUCUGGUGCUGCUGGACAGUGAAGGUCUGGGCGACGUGAAGAAGGGCGACACCAAGAAUGACACGUGGAUCUUUGUGCUGACCGUCCUGCUCUCCAGCACCCUGAUCUACAACAGCAAAGGCUCCAUUGACCAGCAGGCCCUGGAGCAGCUGUACUAUGUGAUGAGGCUGACUGAGCGUAUCAAGGUGAAAGCAGCACCCGAGGAGAGUGAAGAUGGCCUGGAGGAGGCAGGACAAUUAGUCCCCUUCUUCCCGACUUUUGUCUGGGCUGUGCGGGAUUUCACCCUGCAGCUGGAGAAGGACGGGAAGGAGAUCUCUGAGGAUGAAUACUUGGAGGAUGCGCUGGAGUUAGAGCCUGGUGACAGCCCGGAGACACAACGCUGCAACCAGCCCCGGGAAUGCAUCCUCCGGUCCUUUCCGCAUCGCAAGUGCUUUAUUUUUGACCAGCCAGCCAGCAGGAGUGAGCUGGUGCGCUUGGAGGAACUUCAGGAUGAUGAGCUGAAUCAAGACUUCCAGCAACAGGUGGAGAAAUUCUGCAGGCACAUCUGGGAAAAGUCUCCACCUAAGAGCAUCCCUCAUGGGCGCAUCCUGACAGGGAACCUGCUGGGGAAGCUGGCAGAGACCUACGUGGAGGCCAUCGAGAGCGGAUCAGUGCCGUGCCUGGAGAGUGCAGUGCUGGCCCUGGCAGAGAUGGAGAAUGCAGCGGCGGUGAAAGAGGCUGUGACAUUGUACCAGAAUCUGAUGAAGCAGCGGGCAAAGCUGCCGACAGAGACUGUUGAGGAAUUGCUGGAGUUGCACAGGCAGUGUGAUCAGGAGGCUCUGGAGCUGUUCCACAAACGGGCAUUUGAGGAGGGCAUGUGCCAUUUCCAGGCAGAGCUCACGCGCCAGGUGGAGGAAGUCAAGGAGAAGUUCUGCAGAGGCAAUGAGGAGGCAUCCCGUGCCAAGUGCGAGGAUGCUCUCAGGGAGCUCUUCCAAGACAUGAAGAGAUGCCUCAGUGAUGGUGUCUACAGUGUUGCAGGAGGGUCAGAGCUGUUCCAAAGAGACCUGCAGGUACUGGUGAAGAACUACCAGGAAGUGCCUGGCAAGGGAGUGAAGGCUGCUGCUGUCUUGGAGAAGUUCUUCAAGGAGAUCAAGUCUCUGGCCGAUGUUAUCCUCAUCGUAGACCAGUCCCUGAAAGAGAAGGAAGAGGAGCUGAAACGUCAGAAGGAGGAUCAUGAGAGAGCUGAGCAGGAAUGGAAGAAGAAGAUGAAGAUUCACAUUGCUGUAUCAAUAGGGAUCAGCGUUCUAUCUAUCGCAGUUCCCCCUGUGAGAGCACUGAAGUUUUUUAGAUUACCUCUCUAAUCACAGAGUGCGUAGGGUCCCCAGGUACAAUCGCACUGAAUUUUGAAAGCCUUUCUUGCAAGACGCUUGCUGUGAAGUGUGGAAGUGACCUCCACUUUCAUGUGUACUGCACUGUCUCAUGCUUUCUUGCACGCCUCCUCCAGAAAAUUGUUCAUACCCACCUUGUUUAGCUGCCGGUGACCAGGGCCUGCCCAACAUCAAGAACUUCUCUCUUCUCACCCUGCAGCAAGACAGCUGGGGGUGGGCAAGAUGUUGGGAGGGGACGCAGCUGGGGCAGGUGACCCCAGCUGACCAAAGGGAUGUCCCAGACCAUAGGACACUGUACUCAAGGAAUGGAAGCUAGGGAAACAGGGAGGAAGGGAGGAUGUUUGGAGUUGUGGCAUUUGCUUUUCCAAGCCACCGUUACAUGUGGUGGAGCCUUGCUUCCCUGGGGGUGGCUGAACAUCUGCCAGCCCAGAGGAAGUAGUGAAAGAAUCCCUUCUUUGGCUUUGUUUGCACACGCGGCUUUUGGUUUACCUAUUAAAAUGUCCCUAUCUUGA